AUGAGUGGUCGGUUUUCUCGGUCAAUCUAUGUUGGUAACUUGCCUGGCGACAUUAGAGAACAUGAGAUUGAAGAUCUCUUUUACAAGUAUGGCCGCAUAGUGGAUAUUGAGUUGAAGGUUCCACCUCGUCCUCCAUGUUAUUGCUUUGUUGAGUUUGAGCAUGCUCGGGAUGCCGAAGAUGCGAUCAGGGGCCGUGAUGGCUAUAACUUUGAUGGCUGUCGUUUAAGGGUUGAGCUUGCCCAUGGUGGUCGAGGACAGUCUUCAGGUGAUCGUCGUGGUGGCUACGGUGGUGGAGGUGGCUAUGGUGGUGGAGGUGGCGGCGGUGGUGGUGGUGGGUCUGCUCGGUUUGGCGUCUCACGACACUCUGAAUUCCGAGUCAUUGUACGUGGGCUCCCAUCAUCUGCUUCAUGGCAAGAUUUGAAGGAUCAUAUGCGGAAAGCCGGUGAUGUUUGCUUUGCUGAGGUCACUCGAGACAGUGAUGGAACUUAUGGUGUUGUUGACUACACCAAUUAUGAUGACAUGAAGUAUGCUAUAAGGAAACUUGAUGAUACAGAGUUCAGAAACCCUUGGGCUAGAGGUUAUAUCCGGGUAUGA